ACCAUUGUCAUCCUGUGGACGUUAGAGCCAAAACCCAAAUUCUUCCCGAAGGAGGGUUUCUUCCCACUUCCUCCUCCACACAACCCACAAACGAACAAUCUCCAUCUCUCCCUCUCUCUCUGUGUCUCUCGCUCUCAGCCUUCAAACUCUCAGGGAGUUGAACUCGUGGUCUCUUGUCGUCCUCUCCUUUUCCUUUGAGUGUCAAUAUAUUGCAUAUUAUAUUAGAGCAAUACCCAUUUAAAAUCCAACCCAAAAAAGAGAGAACUUUAUCCCAUCAGUUCAUCACCCUCUUUUUCUCCCCAAUUCCUUUCUCUACAGUUCAGGGUUUUUCUGCAAACAGAUAAAUGCCUUAAACCUUCUGCGCUUCUGUUUUUAUUGCUUCAUGGGUCUGAGCACUAUGUUCGACUCAAUGGCGUGUUCCCAAAAUCUUAAGGGGCAUGCCAUUAUUAGACCAGUUCCAAGUAAAUCCUACUCUCGUGCUUCGUGUCUGUGUGGGCAUUCUUUCUUUGUGCCACGUUGCCAUAAGUGGCAAGAGCAUUCAUCAGCAUAUGCCAUAAAUUACAGGACUAAUCAGGGCCCUUUCAAUUCGGGGAACAUCUUCAGUGUUUCACCCUUGUUUAGUUUCUCAGUGCCUACAGGGUUCUAUUUCUACAGCCAUAGACAGUUCAGGAAAAGGUUUCGGAUAUGUGCAGCACUUGAUGUUGCCAGUGCCGUUGAUGUCAUUAAUGAUUUAGGAUUGGAUACUUUGACAUUCUUAGCGGUCACUGUUGUCGUUGUUCCUGUGUUCAGAAUCAUCAAAGCUAGCCCUAUUCUUGGUUUUUUCUUUGCUGGAGUUGUGCUCAAUCAGUUUGGCUUGAUUAGAAAUCUAACAGAUGUCAAGGUUCUGUCUGAAUGGGGCAUUCUAUUCUUGUUGUUCGAGAUGGGUUUAGAGCUUUCACUAGCACGUUUAAAAGCUCUUGCAAAAUUCGCCUUUGGAAUGGGAUUGACUCAGGUUUUGUUAUCUACCCUCGCUUUCACAGCAUUUGAACUUCCUCCUAAUGGGGCCACUGGAACAAAAAUUUUGGAGUUCCUUUUUCAUUCUAGGCCUGAUUUGGUCAACAUCAGAAGCGUUGAUGAGGCUAUAGUGAUCGGUGCUGCUCUCUCAUUGUCUUCUUCAGCUUUUGUUCUUCAGCUUCUUGCAGAGAAAGGUGAGCUCCCAACAAGAUUUGGCUCAGCAACUUUGGGGAUACUUCUGCUACAGGACAUAGCUGUUGUACCUCUCUUGGUCAUACUUCCGGUGCUAGAAAGCCAGAAUCUCGUGGAAGGAAGUGUCUGGCCAAUGCUUGCUAAAGAAAGUUUAAAGGCUUUAGGUGGACUUGGUCUUCUUUCUCUUGGAGGCAAAUACCUUCUUAGGAGAGUUUUUGAGGUUGUAGCAGAAGCAAGGAGCUCAGAAGCUUUUGUUGCUCUCUGUCUACUGACAGUUGCUGGAACUUCACUUCUUACCCAGAAGUUAGGCUUUAGUGACACGCUUGGAGCUUUUCUUGCUGGGGCACUAUUGGCAGAAACAAAUUUCCGUACCCAGAUUGAAGCUGAUAUUAGGCCAUUUAGAGGCUUACUUCUUGGGUUAUUUUUUACAACUACAGGGACUGCCAUUGACAUGCAGCUUCUUUCUCGAGAGUGGCCGAAUGUACUUUCGCUCCUGGCAGGUUUGAUUGUUAUCAAGACGCUUAUUAUAACAGCAAUAGGUCCCCGAGUUGGACUAAACUUACAAGAAAGUGUGAGAAUAGGGUUUCUUCUAUCUCAAGGAGGCGAGUUUGCAUUUGUAGUUUUUUCCCUAGCAAACAGGCUCGGAGUGCUGCCACUUGAGCUAAACAAGCUUCUCAUAAUUGUUGUUGUCUUUUCAAUGGCAUUAACUCCCUUGCUUAAUGAUGUUGGAAGAAAAGCUGCUGUUUUCAUUGAUGAGAAGUUUGGCAAAGAGGAUCUUCAGAAAAAUAAUGAAAUGGUUAACUAUGAUGCUCGUGAUCCAAUUGUCAUCCUUGGAUUUGGACAAAUGGGUCAGGUCCUUGCCAAUUUCUUGUCCACCCCAUUGGCUUCUGGGGUGGAUGGCGAUCUUGUGGGAUGGCCAUUUGUAGCUUUUGAUAUUGACCUCUCUGUAGUGAAGGCUUCUAAGGAACUUGGUUUUCCAAUCCUUUAUGGUGAUGGGUCACGCCCAGCAGUUUUGCAGUCUGCUGGCAUCUCCUCUCCAAAAGCUGUCAUGGUUAUGUUCACAGGGAAGAAGAGGACCACUGAGGCUGUUCAAAGGAUUCGCCUUGCCUUUCCUGCGGUCCCAAUAUAUGCCAGAGCUCAAGACCUUAAGCAUCUCCUAGAUCUGAAGAAAUCUGGCGCUACCGAUGCUCUUCUUGAAAAUGCAGAGACAAGUCUACAGCUAGGGUCCAAACUUCUGAAAGGGCUUGGAGCAAUGUCUGAUGAUGUAAACUUUCUGAGUCAGCUCAUUCGAGAUUCCAUGGAGCUGCAAGCUCAAGAAGCCCUCAAUAAAACUGAUGAUCGAGAACGUGAUGUUAUGAAACCGAUGCAGGUAAGAGCUGCGGACUUGAUUGAGGACCAAUCACCCUUAUCAUCAACUUCCUCCAAAAAUGAAUCAUCAAGAGUGGACCAAGCAGAUAUUGGUCACGCACUGAGGUCUCAAGAAGGGAUGAAUCAAGUAGAGCAUGACGGAGAGGGUCAAGGCAUUUUAUAUUGUGAACUGGAUGCAGAGAAAAGUUUGGAGGGGGUGGAAAAUACAGUAGACCAUCUUGCAUAACUGCUAUUGAAAGAGCUAAAAGAUGCAGUAUUGAGAUCUGUUUCUUUUUGUCUUCUCAAAUUCUUGCUCCUGUGGCCCCUGGUUGCACGGGCUUUAGAGUCAUCAUUUUUGUUGCUUAAAUGUGCUAUGGAACAAAGUAAAUUUUGCUACAAGAUUUACCUACUCUCAUCCUCUUAACAGGUGAACAGUUCUCAGUAUUGAUACAAGAUUUUAUUUCCUCUUAGACCACACCAUGUACAUUAUUGAAUAGUAUAUAACAAAAAUUCAUUCUUUUCCA